AUGAAGCACCAGCCUGAGAGGGAUCGGCCCGAUUGGCCACGCUCCUUCAAACCACCACUUUCCCCCGAAAAAGGGACGAGAGCCUCAGGUCCCCAAACGAGCGCUCCCUCGCCCAGAGACCCCGGCUUGCACACCCCGCCCUGUUCCCCGCGGCGCGGGAGGACAGGCCGCCCCACACAGGAAGUGUGUCCUGCGCCGGGACCUUGCGCCCAGCCCGCCAGUACCUGCCCUCCGCCCCCAACAGGCGAGAAGCAGCCGCGUCCACAUGGCUUCAGGUGUUCACAUGGCAGUAAACGGGCCCCUGCCCUCCCGGGCGCCCCAGCGCGGCGCCCUCCUGCCCACAUCCCGGCCCAGCCCCGCUGGCCUCGCCUCCAGCCCGUAGCCAAGAGGCGAGCGCGGCCGGUGCCCCGGGGGCUGCCAGGGGCCCCGAAGCAGGCAGCGCUGACUCCUGGACGCCGCCCGCUCACACCCGCCGCCUUUGCACCCAAGGCCUCGCGCGACGAGCAGAUGUUAGGGGAGUAUGUGGCUUCCUUUCCUGAAGCAACCCAACUUACAAGUAAAUUGGGAUUGGAAAAGUGCUUCCGGCAGCAGGUCACUGAUUCCACUACCAUCUGUCAGCGUGGAUUGAUUGAGGAGACUGGCCCUGCUCGGCAGAUCAGUGACUUGUGCUAAGUGAGCCAGGGUGUGGGUGCCUUCAGAGCAGGCGGAUGUCCUUCCUCGCUUGCCAGCUCUCGUGAGCAGACACACAGCCCUCACCUUUAUCCUUCACCAAGCUCCAGCUCUCCUUCCUCUUGGAAGGUGCCGCCUGCUAACUCAGUCACACCAAGAGGAAGGCCUGGAAUUCCUGCUCACAAGCUCGGAGCUUCAUCUGCAGUCUUCCAGGAGGCAACUUACAAAAGCCUCUGGCUAACAGAGCGGGAAACUCCCCACAGCCUGCUGCUGUGCCUGAGCCCAAGCCACGCAGUGUCCCCUUGCAAAGCACAAGGAUACUGAGAGUGCACAAACAGCAGGGGUGGAGAGCCUCUGUGGGCACGCCCUCAUUCUGUGCCCUCAUUCCACAAGAGCCCCUGCUUUGUGCAAGUCUCUGAGCCCGCAUGGAGGGAGCAUGGGGGCUCAGAACAGUUCUUUCUGGGGCAAGGUCAGGGGAGGCUCUAAAGUUAUGGUGGUGGGGAGGGCCUUAAAACAGAGGACCAGAGAAUACCAAGACUUAGGGGUGUGGGGGAGAGCCACCUGCUGUGCCCAGAAGGACUGUGCCCAGUGCAGGGGAAGAAGAUGAAGCUGCGGAGUUGGGCAAGGGUGGGAUCCUGCAGGGCCUUGUAGCAUUGACAUGUUUGGCAUGGAUUUGUUUCACAGGGUCCCACAGAAACUUCUGCUCUCCAGGUUUGCCCCUCCACUCUGCCCUCCAGGAUAAAAGUGUGGCAUCCUAAUCUGGGAUGCAUCCAUCUCUUCCCCCUGGACUGUGAGCAUAUGCAGGGCAGAGACACCUCUGCUUCUCUUGGGUCUCCGGCAUCCUGUGCAGGGUAGGGUACCAUGUCCAUUAAAAUGAUGUUAAUGAGGAUGAUACAGCCCAGAAGAUUCCAGGCUUACUAUGAACCAGGCACUACGCAGAUUUCCCUUUAUCAUCCCAGUUCUUCUUAUUUGCAGCAGUCUAAUGAGUUUGGUACUGUUAUCACCCCUAUAUUACAGAUGGGGCCACUGAGUUGCAAAGAGUUUAACUUAUCCCAAGUCACACAGUUUGGAAGAGGCUGAGCUGGUAUUUGAACCCAGGUUUUCAGAGGCUGCACUCUUAACCACCAAGCUUCCCAGCACUCAGCAAACACUGGAAAGACAGAGAUGGACCUAGACAGUCAGUGGGACCAAAAGUCUGCAGGCUGAUAGGGAAAGAAUGUAAGAGGACGGCGUGGGCAGCACCAGCCCCUCCCGCAGUCAUAUAUUAAGCCCUGGACAGUGGGCAGCUGGGGCAGGUGGGGGGCCUCAGACUCUCGGACCCCACGCCUGGAAGACCACGGUCUGCCCAACAAGCAACAGCUGCUGUGAAUCGACUUACACAUCUUCCCCACAGGUAAGCAGAGAGCUAACACCUGAGGAUAGGCCAGGAAACGGGAAGCCUGUGCAGCCUGAGCGCACAGAUCACUCCCACCUGCCCGGCACUCACUGUCCCUAGUGGCUGGACUCUCACUGGGCCAGUCACUGAGCUGGAGCCAGCCUGGUCUCACCAGUGUGUGUCUUUAAAUCAUCCAAUUUCUUCAGCUGUAAAUUGGGCUGGGAGGGGCCAAGUGAGCUGCCUGCCUCAGGGGAGUCGGCGCCCUUACCUGAGUGAUCCCAUUCACUCCUCACAACAAACCCAUGAGGCAGGGAUUGUCAUCUUCGUUGUACAGAGCAGGAAAUGGGUGCACACAGAGGUUAAGAGACUUGCCCAGGUCACACAGCUAGGAAGAGGCUGUGAUUUGAACUCAGUCUUCUGGCUCCAAAGCCCCCACAGAGUCACUCGGCACUACAAAGAGUUAACCUGAAUAUGAAAUGAUCUAAGAGUCACAGUGACAAAGGCAUGCUCUAAGCACUUUUCCUGCAGUAACUUGCUUAAUCCUUACAACAACCCUAUAAAGUGGGUACUGUUCUCGCCUCAUUUCGCAGAUGAGGAAACUGAGGCACAGAGCAGCUCGGAGGGGGCAAAGCUGAAUCUGACAGGCUACAGGGCCCCUGCGUUGCUUUGUUAUAAGAUGACAAUAAGGAAGUUCCUUUCCUUUGGGAUUAUUUCUGCCUGAAAGCUCAAGACUUUUAGCCACAUCAUUGUCUAGGCUCCACAGGAAGACAGUGCCACAUGCUGAGGCAUGCUGGGAAAAGACUUUGUUCCAUCCUGUUUUGUUGACAUGCUCUUCAUUUUUUAAGCCUGAAACCCAAGCUUCCUGCUAAGAAUUCAAACCAUGGAGAAAAACGCAGCCAUGAUAACGGCCACUACUUCCUGAGCCUCCAGCGUUCCCUGUGCUUGGGGAUCCAUAUAUGUCACUUAACCUUAACCUUCACGACACCAAGGCAGCCUCCAUUUUCACAAGUGAAGAAAUGGAGGCCCAGAGUCACUUAGAAGAUGCCCGAAGGUGCACAGCUGCUAAGUAGUGGCGCUGGGAUUUGUCCUCAGGUCCUCGAGAGUCCUGACUCUUAUCUGCUGGCUCCCCACGGAGGCGUGGAGUCUUGUUUGCUGGGCAUUUGACAGAAAUGUUUCGGCUCAUCUGCCACAGAUUGGUCCUUCAGCGUCAAGAUUCCUGGGCCACUUAUUAAUAGAAGGCACCAGGACACAGGUGCAGGGAUGCAGAGCUGGAUGCUGCCUUCUCAACAGGAGAAGCCAAGAAAUGCAGAUGCCGAUGCCCAAUCAACUCCAUCUCUCCCUCUAGUGACUCGGGAAUAGCUGCCCUACCACCAAGGUGAUUGUCUUCUGGAAGCAGCCACGCCGUGUGAGGUUCCUCAUCACUGCCCUGCAUCUCCCUGCGAGCUCUCGGGGAUAACUGCCAAAUCACGUUUGAUUCCAGGGGAGCAGAAAGCAGCAGCAGCCGUGAAUUCUCCAACUCUUAACUGGUCCUCGACUGGAGCCACUUUGCCCUGCCCACCCAUCCCUGUGGCGGAUUCAUUACAGUUAUCCAAAGCCGGUUUUGACUUUGCUCCCCCUGGCUCAGAAGUCUGUCAGUGGGUCUUGAGCAGCUUCACCAUUCUAGUUUAUUCCUAUCAGCCUGGAAUACAAUGCUCUAUCUGGCUCCGCUUGCUUCUCCAAACCUUCUCUCCCAGGUCUCAUUCUGCCUCUCUGCCUAACUAGACAAGUUGGCUUCCUGUCCCGUGCCUGUCUGCUCCCUGCAGCAGGAAUGCUCUUCCCUAUGGAUUGAAAUUAUACCCUCUUUUUUUUUUUUUUUUUUGAGACGGAGUCUUUCUCUGUCCCCAAGGCUGGAGUGCAGUGGCGCGAUCUCGGCUCACCGCAACCUCCACCUCCUGGGUUCACGCCAUUCUCCUGCCUCAGCCUCCCGAGUAGCUGGGACUACAGGCGCCCGCCAACACGCCCGGCUAAUUUUUUGUAUUUUUAGUAGAGACGGGGUUUCACCGUGUUAGCCAGGAUGGUCUCGAUCUCCUGACCUCAUGAUCCGCCCGCCUCAGCCUCCCAAAGUGCUGGGAUUACAGGCUUGAGCCACCGCGCCCGGCUAUACCCUCUUUCAAGUCUUACUCAAAUGCCACCUCCUCCACAAACUCUUAACACUUAUUCAUUCAUUCAACAAAUACUGACUGAGCCCUUAUGACAAGCGUUGAUCCCAAGGGUCCCUGUGGUCAUGAAGCUUAUGGUGCCAUGGAGCAGUUAGAAAAAGAAUCAUCACAUAAAUAAUCAUCUGAUAACAGCCGUGAUACAAAUUAGUAAGAAAGUGUGGCAGGAGCACAGCAGAUGUACAAUAGGGACCCAGAGCCUUGGGGAUCUAGGACAUAUGAGCUGAGGCCUGAAAGACAAAUAGGAAGUAACCACAUGGUGAAGUUGGAGGAGAGCUCCAGGCAGAGGGCACCGCAUGGGCAAAGGCCCUGCGGUCGGAGGGAACAAGUAGGUUUCCAGGAAGGGCACGGGGGCCUGCAGGGUAACUUAAGUGAAAUGAGAAAGCUGGAGAUGCAGCUGGAGCAGGACAGUACCGGCCACGGAGGCUUUGCGACUUCAUCCCUGGGCAAAAAGAGGAGAUGAUGAAGGAUUCUGAGCAGAGGACACAAGCCAAUAUGUAUUUAGACGCGAUCCUGCCCUGUGGCUGAGCCUCUUCUGAGAAGUGCAGGCGCUGUGUCAUGUCACCCUGAAUCUCAGUCAUCAGGGUUUUGGAUGUGAGUUUCCGUAUCCUUCCUCCUAGGCCAAGCUCUCAAAGGCAAGGCUGACCUGUGGUCUUCAGCUUCAUCCCCAUCAGCCAGGCCAGUGCCCAGCACAAGGAGCUGCUCCAAAAACAUACGUGGGAUGAACCAGUGACCAGGACAAGACGCUUAUCAGCAUUUCCCUGCGAAGGAGCAGGGCUGCCUGUAAAGCCUUCCACAUUCUCUAGAAAUUACAAAGUUCAAGGGUUUUAGUGAGGCCACGACUCAGGGAGCCCUUGAGAGCCAAGCUGGCAUCCCACUGCUGUGCACACCCAGCCUGGGCACACAGUAUGACCCUGCCCAGGCAUCUGCCUGUGGCCUCUGGUGAAUGACCAGAAACAGAACCGAAAGCUCUGUAAAGUGCUCUCGAGGUUACAAAGCGUGUUUCACAGGAGCAGUUUCAUCUCACGUAGGCAGCCCUCUGAGCUGGGUAGUUACUGCUUUACAGAUGAGGAAACUGAGGCCCAGGAGAGGGCGGGUCCUCAGCAAAUCAAGACAAAACUGAGACUAGGACCUAACAGAAGUGCAGGCUAUGAAUGGCCCCCGUAGGGUUAAAAGAGCUUUCUAGAAAUUUCUUUGAAAACUAUUGUAAAGUGACAUAUUUCCUCAGGAUGUCUGUCACACCAGCAGUGGGAGCCAACACACCAACUCUCAGAGGCUGUUCCCCCUGCGCAGCAGAUCCAGACGCUCAGCUCCCAGGCCCGGAGGCUGGCGGCUUAGCCCAGGGCACAGGAGGAGGCUGCCUGGGCUUGGCGCUGACUUACAGCAGGUGCUGAGGGAAUGCUGAAGAGAGGCAAGGCUGAUUCAAGAGGACGGCAACAGAGAACAUUCCUAGAGCUCUCCCGCCAGCUGGGCAUGGUGCUAAGUGCAUUACCUGCGUUCACUCACAACAUCCUCACAACACUGUGAGUACAAUGACCAUCCCCAUGUACAGGCGUGGACACUAAGGCUCAGAGCAAUAAAUAAUUAGCCUGAGAUCACAUGGCGGGUGAGUGCAGAGGCCGGAUCUGAACCCACACAUUGCCCUUAAGCAACCCCACGUCCUGAGCGAAGGUGAGCAGAAACAUCUUGGGAAGAGGGAACCACGACUGUAUCUUCCUCAGAAGCCAUGAUGGUACAGGGUACCCCUUCCCCUGCCCACCUGACGACCAUUAUCCCCAUUAUCAACAUAUCCCUCUGUGGGCAAAUAAUGACAGACAUGCAUGGUAA